UUUUGGAUGUUUAUUAUGCAUUCCAUAUAUUAUUUUUGAAUAUUUAACUCUUAAUGAUUCUACACUUAUUAGUAAUUUAGAAACAUAUUCAGUUUAUAUUAAUGGAGGUAUUUUAAUUGUUGUAAUAAUUAUUUCAUUCUUUAUUGGAUGGCAUAUGGUUAUGGCUAUUGGAGGUGCUGAUAUGCCAGUUGUAGUUUCAAUGUUAAAUUCAUAUUCAGGAUGGGCUACAGCAGCAUCAGGAUUCUUAUUAAAUAAUUAUGCUAUGAUUGUUGGAGGAGCAUUAAUUGGAUCAUCAGGAGCUAUUUUAUCAUAUAUUAUGUGUAAAGCUAUGAAUAGAUCAUUUAUGUCAGUUAUUUUUGGAGGAUUUGGAGCAACACCAUCUAAAACAAGAAACCAAGAAGAUGAAGGACCUAAAGAAGCUAAUACAAUUCAAACACCAGAACUUGCUAAACUUUUAAUGGAAGCACAUAAUAUUGCUAUUGUUCCAGGAUAUGGAAUGGCAGUUGCAAAAGCACAACAUGUAGUUGCUAGUCUUGCAGAAGAAUUAAUUAAAGCAGGAAAAGAAGUAAGAUUU